AGAAGCUGAGGCAGCAGGGCAGGGGUGGGUUGUGGGGAGGGGGCUAGCCUUUCCAUCCUGGUCCCUUUUCUUUACUCAGUCCUGGCUCCACCCUUGCUCUUUUCUCCCCAGUCCUCAAUAUCACCCCUACUCAUCCCCACAUGCAUCCUGUGGGUCAGUUCUCCUCUCUGGACCUGUGCUCUGUUUGUUGUGAAGAAAAUAGAUAUUUGAGGUGGGGUGCUAGAGAGAGCUGAGCUGGAGGCAGGAGGCUGGCAGAUUGGCUGGGACAGGGCUCAGCAGCUUAUAGCAGAAACCUGGUGAAGGCGGUUUAAACAAUAGAGGCUGAGUUUUCUCACACGGAAGUCUGGAGGUGGCACUCCAGGCCUGAGAUGGUGGCUUCACAGUGCCACUAGGGACCCCGGCUCCCCCAGUGUUUCCACCGUGCCUUAGCAGGACUUCCAUCUUCGUGUGGGUCAUCUCAUGGUCACACAUUGGCUGCCCCACCUCCUACUUGAUAUCCCUGUUCCAAGCAGGAGGAAGGAGGAGGGCAAGGGCAAAGGGUCUGUGCCAGCUGGGUCUGGCCCUUUUAAGUCUUCCCAGAAAUCCCUCCCAGCAACUUCUGCUCACAUUUCAUUGGCCAGAACUGGGUGAUAUCACAGGGCCACCCCUAGUUGCAAGGGAGUCUGGGAAGCUGAGAAUUUUAAACUGAGCAAUUGCUACCCGCAACAAAAUUGUGGUUCUGUAGUUUGGAAGGGGGGCUGGAUAUUUGGCUUGGUAGCUGGUGGUCAGCUUUGCUCUGUGGCCACCGCUAUGGCCUUUCUAAGUGCCCUGGUAUGGCUUGAAAAAUGGCACCCAUAUUUGGGUUGACACAGGUGUUGGCCAGGAGAGCCCAGACUGUGUGUUCCCAUCCCCCACUCUGCCCCUCAUCCGGGUGCCUUUGCCCUGCCCUUUCCCUCUCUGCACCUCAGUUCCAAAUUUGGUGAGAUGAGCUAUCAUUCACCUGCCACCUUCAUUUUUUUUGUUUUUGUUGUUGCCAUAUUCUGUAUCACCUUACUAUCAUACUUUAAACCAAUUCACGUAUUGGCCUUGUUGUUAGGUACCAUCAAGUCGAUUUUCAACUCAUAGAGACCCCACGUGACAGAAUAGAACUGCCCCAUAGGGUUUCCUAGGCUGUAAUCUUUACGGGAGCAAACCACCGUGUCUCUCUCCCAUGGAGCCACUGGGUGGGUUUGAACCCCCAACCUUUGGGUUAGCAGCUGAACACUUAACCACCAAACCAAAACCAAGCCAAAUCCAUUGCUGUCAGUUUUAACUCAUAUUGACCCUAUAGGACAAAGUAGAACUGCCCCAUAGAGUUUCCAAGGUUGUAAAUCUUUACGGAAGCAGACUGCCACAUCUUCUCCCAUGGAGUGGCUGGUGGGUUUGAACUGCCAACCUUUAGGUUAGCAGCUGAGCACUUCUACCACUGAGCUACCAGGGCUCCUCGUUGGGCCACCAGUGCUCCUUUAUUGGCCUUAAGGAGGCUUUAUAAUACUACAGCAUUAGCAUCACUUGCUAUAAAGACAAAAUAAUUGUUAAAUAUACUAAAAGGAAAUCAACCUUAAGUUUGGGUCACCUCCUGCUGCCCUGACAAUAGCUGAGGCCAGCUUUGCCUUUGUUUUAAAGGGAGAUUUGCGAGUGUUAGAAAGAAGUUACAGAUGUGCUAGCACCAAAGUGAGACUUUCUCCUCGACUGAAAAGGAAUUUAAAAGGAAUCACUGUCUCCCUCUGUGAUCUAAGCCACUUAAAACCACCUCGUAGGCCCCCCAGUGACACUAGUGGGCUUGCUGGCUCCUCCUUCCCCGGCUGCCAACCAGCCAUUCUGAGUGCUUUUGUCCCUCCUCCAUUUCCAGGGCUGCGCCAGGAUGGAGGUCCUGAGGGAGAAAGUGGAGGAGGAGGAGGAGGCCGAGCGUGAGGAGGGGACAGAACGACUCUCGAGGCCCGAGAAAAUGCCUAAGCUGCUGCGGAAGGAGGCAACCACCCUGACGCCGGAGUUGCUGAGAGACAUGGAGCAGAAGCUGUCAGAGAUCAAGGUCCCCAUCCCAGGGGACCCCCCGACUGAUGAUACCAUUGACAUCGCCAAUCUGCCCCCUUCCUACAAAGUCAACACACCCAGGGAGGAACAGCUGCUACAGGUGGCAGACAACUUCUCUCGCCAGUACAGCCACCUGUGCCCAGACCGCGUGCCCCUCUUACUGUACCCGCUGAAUGAAUGUGAAGUGCCUAAGUUCGUGAGCACGACCAUCCGGCCCACGCUGAUGCCCUUCCCUGAGCUGUACAACUGGGACACCUGUGCCCAGUUUGUCUCCGACUUCCUCACCAUGAUGCCCUUGCCCGACCCCCUCAAGCCGCCCACGCACCUGUACUCCUCGACCACGGUGCUCAAGUACCAGAAGGGCAACUGCUUCGACUUCAGCACGCUGCUCUGCUCCAUGCUCAUUGGCUCUGGCUACGACGCCUACUGCAUCAACGGCUACGCCUCACAGGACCUGUGCCUCAUGGACCUGACACGGGAGGUGUGCCCGCUCACGGUGAAGGCCAAGGAGGUGGUCCAUGCAGAGGAAAAGGCACCACCUAAGAAGUAUGCCAUCAAACCCCCCAGGGACCUGACCAGCAGGUUUGAGCAGGACCAGGAGAUGAAGAGACAGGAGGAGAUCAAAACUGCAGAGGAGAAGCAGCUGAGGGAGGAAGAGGAGCGCCUCAUGGAGGCGGAGAAGGCAGCACCCGACCCCCUGCAUGGCCUGCGGGUGCACUGCUGGGUCCUGGUGCUGUCAGGGAAGCGCGAGGUGCCCGAGAGCUUCUUCAUCGAUGCAUUCACAGCACGCAGCUACAGCACCCAGGACAGCCACUUCCUAGGCAUUGAGAGCCUCUGGAACCACAAGAACUACUGGGUCAACAUGCAGGACUGCUGGAAUGGCUGCAAGGACUUGGUCUUUGACCUGGGAGACCCUGUGAGGUGGGAGUACCUACUCCUGGGGACUGAUAAGCCUCACCUGUUCACGACCGAUGACGAGGAUGAUGGGAUAAAUGAUGAUGACGACGAUGUGGAAAAUCUGGGCAAGGAGGAUGAGGAGAAGAGCUUCGACAUGCCGCACUCGUGGGUGGAGCAGAUUGAGAUCUCCCCAGAUGCAUUCGAGACCCGCUGCCCCAAUGGGAAGAAGAUAAUCCUGUACAAGAGGGCGAAACUGGAGAAGUGGGCCCCGUACCUCAACAACAAUGGCCUAGUGUGCCGCCUCACCACCUACGAGGAUUUGGAGUGUACCAACAUUUUGGAGAUAAAGGAGUGGUACCAGAACCGGGAGGACAUGUUGGAGCUGAGGCACAUGAACAAGACCACAGGCCUAAACACUGACUACUUCAAGCCAGGCCACCCCCAGGCUCUGCGUGUGCACUCAUACAAGUCCAUGCUCCCCGAGAAUGACCGAGUUAUGGAGUUUUACCAGUCGGCCCGUGUGGAUGGCCUAAUAAAGCGGGAGGAGACGCCCAAGACGAUGACGGAGCACUUCCAGGGACGGCCAGACUUCCUCUCCUACCGCCACAUCAACUUUGGCCCCAGGGUCAAGAAACUCCCUCUGAACAGCGCGGAAUCCAACCCCCGACCCAUAGUGAAGAUCACCGAGCGGUUCUGCCGCAACCCCGCGAAGCCCGCGGACGAGGACGUGGCCGAGCGUGUGUUCCUGAUCGCGGACGAGCGCAUCCAGCUGUGCUACCACUGCCGCAACGACCACAUCACGGCCUCCAAGCGGGAGUUCCUGCGGCGCACCGAGGUGGACAGCAAGGGCAACAAGAUCAUCAUGACGCCUGACAUGUGCGUCAGCUUCGAGGUGGAGCCGAUGGAGCACACUAAGAAGCUUCUCUACCAGUACGAGGCCAUGAUAAAGCUCAAGAGCGAGGAGAAGCUGUCCAGACACCAGGCCUGGGAGUCAGAGCUGGAGGUGCUGGAGAUCCUGAAGCUUCGAGAGGAGGAGGAAGAGGGGCAUGUGCUGACCAUCUCCAUCUAUGACACCAAGCGCAAUGAGAAGAGCAAGGAAUAUCGGGAGGCCAUGGAACGCGUGAUGCACGAGGAGCACCUGCGGCAGAUGGAGACCCAGCUGGACUACCUGGCCCCAUUCCUGGCACAGCUCCCACCGGGCGAGAAGCUGACACGCUGGCAGGCUGUGCGCCUCAAGGAUGAAUGCCUCAGCGACUUCAAGCAGAGGCUCAUCGACAAGGCCAACCUCAUCCAGGCUCGCUUUGAGAAGGAGACCCAGGAACUGCAGAAGAAGCAGCAGUGGUACCAGGAGAACCAGGUGACCCUGACUCCCGAGGAUGAGGAUCUGUACCUGAGUUACUGUUCUCAGGCCAUGUUCCGCAUCCGCAUCCUGGAGCAGCGGCUCAAUCGACACAAGGAGCUGGCGCCCCUGAAGUACCUGGCUCUGGAGGAAAAGCUCUACAAGGACCCACGCCUGGUGGAGCUCCUCAAAGUCUUUGCCUGAUGUCCCUUCUGCACCUCUGCUGCUUUCACGCCCCUCCUGGGGCCUUGGCAGAAGCUGCCAGAAAAAGCACCCCUUCUCCACAGCCUGGCCCCUGUGUUCCCUUCACCCAGCUAAGGAUGGCCACUUAGGCGCCCUGCCUCACUGCCACACCACCUCCAGCCCUUUCUGUUCUUGCUUCUCACGACUUUCCUGUAAAUAAACUUUUAAUUUGCAAUUUGCAUCUCCUAUUUCACAAGCUCCAGCACUUUUUCUCCUUCCCUUCUUUAUCUGUAGCCUGGGGGCUUGUCCUCCUCCCUUCUUCUUGGCUAUCUUCAUUUGCUUCCUUUUCUUCUGCACCUCUGUAGACCAUCCCCCUCCCACCCCAUUGCCCUUGAGUGGAUUCUGACACAGAGUAGAACUUCCCCUGGGGUUUUCUUCGUUGUAAUCUUUAUGGAGUGCCCUCCAGGCCUUUCUUUCACAGUGCUGCCACUGGGUGGGUUUCAGUCGACAACCUUAAGGUUAGUAGACAAGUGCAAAAAUAACUGGUUAGAUCUCAGUGUGGCUAGGGUGGCCCAACUCUUGAAGUGGGAUGACAAGGCUAAGGUGCUCACCCCGAAACAGUGGGGUGUGAAUCUCAGCUCCUCUUACCAAAAACUUUUUACCCAUCUCUGAAAUGAGGAUGGUGCUGUUGUCAUUAAAUGAGGUAAGACUUGUAAAGCAGAGAGGACUGGGAGUUGACAAAGAACGCACCCACUAAAUGUUAGCGUAAAAAAUGGCCAGUAAACAUGAAAAUGUGGUCAAAUUUAUUAGUGAUCAGGGAAAUUUACUACUACAGCACACCCACCGGAAUGGAUGAAAUGAGUAAGUAUUGGUGAGGAUGUGAAGCAACUGCAACUCUGAUACACAGCUUCCCUAGUGGGAGUAAAUCAAAGCAACUGCUUUGGAAAACUGGCAGUAAGUAUCUAGUAAAACACACAUAUACCCCGUGGUCCAGCAAUUCUACCCCUAGGUAUUUACCCAACAGCAGUGCGUACAUAUGUCCACCAAAAGGCAUGUACUAGAAGGUUCAUAGCCUCACUAUUAAUAAUAGCCUCAAACUGGAAAUUACUCAAAUGCUCAUCAAGAGUAGAAUGGAGAAGAUGGCUGACUAGGUAGAUGCUACCUCGGAUCCUUCUUGCAAGAAAGACUCAGAAAAACAAGUGAAUCGAUCACAUGCAUGACAAUCUAUGAACCCUGACCAUCAAACACAGAUCUAAAGAGUUGACCUGAGCGACAGAGACUGAGAACGAACAACCACGGGGAAGCAGCAACUGUUUUUGGAGCCUGGAGCCAGCGUCCCAGUCAGGAAACCUUGGCGCCGGGCUUUGGAUUGGGUGCAGGGGAGCUAAGCACAGCAUCCUGAGACAGCGCAAACACGGGGCGCAGCCCUAGCCCCCUGAACUGACCUCGGGGGAAGCCCAGCCAGUGCAUGCAGGCAGCACAGCCACGCGGCUGAAAGGAGGAGAAGUCACCGGGAGGCAGUGACUGGUUUUGGAGCCAGGAGUGCAGCAUCCCAGCCAGGGAACCUUGGCGCUGGGCUUUGGACUGGGAGCGGAGGAACUAACUGCGGCUUCUGAGACAGCGCAAGCAUGGGACACGGGCCUGACCCUCAGGGUCAAUCUCUACCCAGCCAGCACACAGUGGAUGCGCCCCUCGGGAAUCUCAGAUAAAACAGUCGUCCCAAGUAAGAUAAGUAACUUUGUCUAUAUUCCGGGGUGCUACUCUCUCCUAUUUAUCUGAACCCCCCCUCCCCUUCCCAGGCGGCUUCAUUAACGUUGGAAUUUCCUGAGCCAGAGGAUGAACAGCACUGCGGUUUUUCUUUCUUUGGUCUUUUCCAAACCCAUUCUCCUGGCCUGAGAGAAGCAGCUACAAAAAACCCAGGGACCAGAAAUCCUUCCCUAAUUGGACUAAAAACACAGAACCAGCUCCACCCAAGCAUAUGUGAUCCACAGUCUUGGGCUUUCAUCCCUACAGGGAACAAGGUGGCUAUUAUAAUGCAAGAGCAUUUCUGAUAGGGAUCUGACUGCAAUUGUUUUAGCGGAUUUACUGGAAAGACAAGUUUCCCAGGUCUCAUAUCUCUGCGUAUUCAACAGAGCCCUCACUGACCCACAACAGGGAACUGAGGACUGAAGCUCCCCUCAGACUACCUAGCCUCCUGCCUUAGGAGUCUAAGGAGGGUGACACCUACCAAUCUGUAGAGGUACUUGCACUGGGGGCCUAAGGUACACCUGCAGAGCCCACCCACCAAGGUGCUUUAGGAAUAGAGACACACCUACCUCACUGACACUUAGGAGAAGCCUGUCAGUAUCUUGCCCCCACCCUGGACUGUGAACCCCAGCUGCUACUAGAAUCUGGUGCACACAACUAUCACCACUACUUCUCUAGGUGGAUAGGUGACAGUCUGCACCACACAUCUGAUGACCCAAAAUCAGAUUCUACUCAAGAAUAGUGAAUGGACUCAGGCAUAUAUAUCUGGUAACAGCCCAAACCAGCUGGUAAUAGGACAUAAGUGAGUCAAGGGCUACAACAAUCAAGACAGCGCAAUCUAGUAGCCCAUCUACGUAUAUUGAAAGAAAACAAAACAAGAUAAGAC